GGGAUGUGCCACGCUCCUUGGAAAAUUCCCAAACCUGUGUGAAGUUGACGAAAUAGUGGUGAACAAGAGUAUCAGCCUACAUGGCACGGAGUACCGAUCAGGAAUGAGUGUGAACAUAGGUGUUCAGGAUUGUAUGCCAUCUUUUGGAAAGUUGAUUGAUAUGUACUGCAUUGGAAGUGAUAUUUACUUGUUUGGAACAAUGUGGGAAACCCAUGGAUUUGAUGAUCACUUCUAUGCAUACGAAGUGCUGUCAAGAUAUCCUGUGGAGUUUUUCCUCAUUAAGCAGGAUGAACUAAGAAGCUACCAGCCCCUUCAAGUUGUAAGCUCAUAUGAUGAACAGCGAAAGGAACUUCUGUACAUUUCAUUGAGAAGUGCUGCUGUCUUAACAGGUAGAAUUAAUGAGCACAUGCUUAUAGGCCCUAGAAUAUGUUAGCUUCAUGUACAGUAUACAAUGUAUCCAUCCAACUUAUUAAUAGAAGCAGUUUACUUGAAGUUACUCGACUUCAAUAACUCUAUUGGUUGACUGUGUAAGAGAAGAAACUAAACUUUCUUCGACAUUGAUCUUUGCAGAUAUAUGUACAUGAACAGUUGAACUUGUUCAAAACCACACUGUAAACAAUCUAUUAUGCAAUUCGCUUUCCAUGGGUUACGUUCAUAUGGUCCACCGGGAAGAUAGGCAUCAUUGGUGCAUGACAAAUACAUUCUAUCUUUCUGCAUUUAAAUAUGAAAUAAUGCUUUAAAAAAAUUUCAUAUCAAGAUUUUAUUUCACAUGUUUCCUUUUAUCUGUCUCUAAUUUCAGCUUAGAAAUGGAAGAUAAUGUCCAAGUUGUGCCUUUCUGCGUGACAUGCAAGGAUCGAACAAAACUAAUAUCGGUGCCAUUGACUAGUGCUGAGCCGAAGGAGGAGAUGUUGAAUUGUUUGAAAUUCAAAAUAUCGCAGAAAUUCAGCAUAGACCUUCAAAAAGAUUACAUAAUCAAAAUGAAAGUAAAGGAAUUUGAUUCCUUUGUAGAAAUAGAUGAAAAUGACACUGAUGAUCUGGAAUUAUUGGCCCACGGGGGAUCACUUGUCGUGGAAGCAUGCAGCACUCAAGCAGUGGGACCAGGAACAAGUCUGGAUGAGGCAUCAGAAACUAGCACUGAGAAAGAGGUGCCCCAAAAGUCGUUGCAGCAGUCUACAAUGAAGACCAGUUCAAAUAAAGAACACAGCUUUGAUGUGAAAACCAUCACAAAUUCGCAUCCACGGGGAUAUCUAGUGGAGCAGGAAUAUGAGGCUAACGGCACUCUCACAACCGAAACGCGACAAGUUCUCACCUCUAUAGUUGCAUCAGAAAUGGUUAGGAGAUAUUCAUACUACCCUGCCAGAGAAGACAAGAUUCUCGUCGCAAAGAGUGUCAUAGAUGCUUUUCCCAACCUGAAAUCCAACACAAAAUGGCCUUAUGAUCUGUGGUUUGACCCCAAUGAUGCCACAAAGGGGUACCUUGCUACGAAGCUCAAUACAAUGAGGAGUUUACCUCCAGAUCAGUUGCAGCGUCCACGCACCAAGACGGACCAAAAACCACAGAAGACACCGCAGAAGGCAGGGAAUUCCAAGUCCAAGACACCAAAGCGCACCCAUGCACAUCUAGAGGAAAUUCCUCAAGUGGAGGAGGAAGAGUUGAUUCUUUUUUGCAAAAGAGCUAGUAUUGACAACAGAAAGCAAAUUCUUCAAGCCAUGGAACAGUCCUUUCAGAACAGGAGGAAUUGGAUUAUGGAGGAAUAUCCAACAGUCGGAGAGAUCCUCGCUCGAUACCCUCGAUUCCAAGAUUUCCCAACUGCGUUGCAGCAGGAAUUCCAUCUCUUAUUUCCUGAUGCAGCAGCUAGACUCAUUUCAACCUGGGAAACGCGGUUUUCCCCAUUCAUCCUGAAAGUAGGAGAAUUAUCCAGACUUCCUAAACUCCAAACACUGAUGGAUGAGAACAAGAAGACCAAGGAUGCACACAAUGGAACACCUGAUGCCCUGUUUGCUUACAAAGUACUGAUAUACCUUCUCCCAUCACACGCAGGGAAGAAAUCUUCAAUUUCAGAUGCUCUCUCAUACUUCAUGGUCACAAGACCGAACGGAACCGCUGUGGCGAGUUUUCUCGUUGAGAAAACGGAUCAAAAGAGAACCCAGCCGUACCUGCUUCGCAUAGGAGAUGGCUUCACAUCCCCGUCGACUUUCUUCAUCAUUGUUGAUGGGAAAGCCGUACCCUGCGAGAGUGAUGCUACUCAAGCAGUUGAUGCUCUAUUCAAGAGCCACUACAUUUUUAACAUUGAGUAUGCAGAUGAGCUGAAGGGAUUCUAUGCAUUCUUAGAGCACUUCGUGUAUGGAAUCGGGGUUUCUACUGAUCACAUUCCUGUCCGUGCACGUGAACUUAUGGCAAGCAUAACAGCAUUGGCUCGCACCCAAAGCCAUUAAUCAUUUCCAACUUCAACUGGAAGAACUGGACAUCGGUUUUCUUGCCUAUGUAUGGAGAAUCAUUACAUUUCAAAGUAAACCUUUCCCUAUUCGCAACCAUUUUUUAAUACAGGUAGUUCCUAGUCAAUGCAUCUGGGAGAGUAUUCCGUAUUCUAUCCUUGGAUUUAGUUGACGAAUACAGUAUGUAUCAAAUUAGGGCUUAUUUUAGGCCUGUAUGGUGUGAAAGUCUCAACAUGCUUUUGAUAUGGCUGUCAAUAGUUCCAUGGUAUAGAUCAUUCUAGUUUUUGAUUCAUGUGAAAAUGUCAGCAUACAUGGAUUUAUUCUGUUAAAUUUGUCUCGUAGUUCUGAAUACAUACACACCUGUAUAACAUUUGUCUGAAUUGUGUGUAAGUGGGGAAUCUUUAUCAUUGGAACCUGUGUAGUAUAGCAGUGUUUUAUACAUACAUGAAUAUUUGAUUCAACUGAUGACUGUAUAAUGUUUGGGUACAUCAGAUAAUAU